AUGAAGCAGGGAACGCUGCGGACGCUGGCAGGUUACGGCGGCCGGCCCGGCGGCGCGGCGGCUGCGGCCAGCGCAUGGGAAUACUCGAUGGCGAUGCACAGCGCGCAGUUCGCACCAGCCCCGGCCGGCAUCUGCGCCGAGCAGUUCCGCAUCUGGGAGGCCCUCGAAGCCGGGUGCAUACCAAUCCUGCUGGAGCGCCACAUGGCCCCUGGGAGCGUGUUAUAUCCCAUUAGGUUCCUGAGGUUUGAGGUCGUGCAGCUGGGAAGCUGGCAGGAGGUGCCGGAGAAGCUGCUGCAGCUUGGAGACCAGAUGGCCCAUAACCCACAGAUCUGGACAAGGAGGCAGCAGCACAAUAGCAAGCUCUGGGCGCAUGUGAAAGGGGGAGUUGCAACAAGGAUUGCCCAGAGUGUGUGUGAGAUUGGGCGACCCAGCACCACACAAUGA